ACAUCUAUUAAAUCUAAUCAUCAAAAAGAAUUAUUACCUUUAAAAGAAAUUAAAGAACAGAUAUAUAAUGAAAUCACUACAAUUAGUAUAAAUGAACAUUUAGAAAAUGAAUCAGUUGAAUGUGAAAUUUCUCUUGCUGAAAUUGAAG